AUGGCAUUUGAUUCUCCCGGAGGAACUCGGCUCCUGCUCCAGAGAUUGGCGGCGAGCCCCUUGGUCCGUAAGACUCUCCCAAACGCGGCUGCGAUCUGCCAACAGUACUUCUCCUUCAAGCGGAAUCCUCAUGAGUCCAUAGGCAACUUUUUGGUCAGAGAGACUCUCGUUCAUGAAGAGUUCACAGAAGCCAUCAUCCGCUUGCAUGAAGAGAAGCUCGGACUUACUCAGGAGUCACGCGACUUUGGACUUCCUCGUGAAGAAUGGUCUGAGUCAGGCUCUUGGGGCGAUGGCGGCUGGUGGGACGACCGCUACUAUGAGCCUGAGUAUGAGGAGGCUGGCGAUGAAGAACCUCAUCCUGACCUCGAUUCUCCGCAUGUUGAUGGUGAUGAUUCAGGACUACCUCAACAAGUCCCUGGCCAAGGCAACCCGACGGCAGCCACUGGAUCGUCUCCAAGCCACCGACCUGCUUCCCUGCGAGAUGCAGCUGUUGGAAGCACUGCUGCGCUGGACACUGGACCUGUCAAGAACGUCGAGGCCAUUGAUGAGCUGGCCAUUGCGGACUCGUUUGUGAUGGGCGUGUUGCGCGGGUGGCGGCUGAUCCAAGCAGCUGGGCUCUCGGCUGAAGAAAAGCGAGACAUCCUCUCUACGACUAAGAAUUCCUUGGACUAUGAGAGCAUCUCCUCGGCCUUGCAGAGUCUCUGGGACGACCAGCUGCUGAGCCAUCGACAUCAACGACAAGGCGCCGACUUCUACUCGAACCAGGCGGAGCAGUUCGACAACGGCGAGCUCUACUACCAGGAGACUGAUGAUUGGUGGCAAGGACAAGAUGGAUGGUGGAACGACAGUUACUACCAUGAGUCCGAGGCCUAUGAUUGGUGGGAGGACGAUCCAUGGUACCAUCACGAGUACAAUGUGGCCACCGAACCUGAAGAUCCUGAAUUCUCCGAGAAGCUGAAGGAGGCUCAGAAUGCUGAGCGCGUUGCCGAGUCUCUGGCUAUUGAGGCCUCUCGUACUUGGGCUGAUGCCCAACGUGCCACUCAGGCACUUCGUAAGGAUCGAGGAUUUGGUCUUCAUACCACCUCCAACGGCGGCUCCUUCGGCAAGUGCUUCAUAUGCGGAGGUAACCACUUUGCCCGAGAGUGCCCAGAUCGUCAGCAUCCCGGCAAGGGCUAUCCUAAGGGCAAGUACAAGAACUACAUGACCGAGUAUGAGGACCUCAACUACUCCACCAAGGGCAAGUUCAAGGGGAAGUCCAAAGGCAAGAACAACCAUUGGAUGGAGAAUCACGGCCUGUGGAAAGGUGGAAAAGGACGUGGCAAGAACCCCAUGAAGGGCAAGGAUGCACCUCGCUCUGUCAACGCCUACUCCUCGGACAUGAUCCUUGCUGGCUUGGAGGUUCUUGAAGCCCAAUCGUCCUCAGCGUCCUCAUCUACUGAGCCUGGUAUCGGCGUGAUUGAUUGUGGAGCCACGGCCUCUGCAGCACCGGAAGCUGUGGUUAAGAGUUUGAUUGAUGCCGUUCUCACCCAUGACAAGGGAGCGAUCAUUGAACUUGAUCAGAGUGCUCGGCCAUACUUUCGCUUUGGGAACGGGCGUUGGGGUAGAGCCUUGUGUAGAGUUCAUAUCAGCAGUGCAGUGUCCGGGAGAACUCGUCAAUUUUCCUUGUAUACCUUGCCGAAUCCUGCUGAGUAUGUGAACAACAACUUUGACAAGUCAUACUUGGUUCCGGUGCUGAUUGGUAUGGAUCAUCUGGGUCACAAAGGGGUUGGUAUGAUGAUUGAUUUCGCCCUGGGGUUGGCAAUGAACACCCUCGAUGAGAACCCGGAGAUCUAUCACCUGGACAAGAACCCCAAGGGCCACUUCACGUUAGACAUCAUCAACUACCUCACUCAGGGCCAACGCAACUGUAAGGGGCAACCACGGGUGAUUGUACGAAAUCAGUCCUCGAAGACCACACAAUCACAAGAACAUCAGUUUCUGGAGCUAGGCACGGUUUACAUGGACAUGACGCUGCAGGACCAUGAGCUAGAUGAGCAGUCUCUGCAAGCAGCCCGUGGUCGUAUGCGCCACAUGUUCCAGUAUGCGCAACUUCGUCGGUCACCAGCAGCUCUUACAGCUCAAAUGCCUGUUGACAUGUCGCGCUCUCAGCCGCAGACUCCCGAGGACAGCGUCGUGAACGAGAUCAAGAAGCGAACCCCGGUGGCGAAGGUCAAGGCCAAACCGCUCGACUUCGCCCGGAAGAUUCCCAUCGACAAGAGGGAUCCUCGCUGCAGCGAGAAUCAGUGGCCAUGCCACAACAAGCACACGGCGGCCAAGGUGAUGAGCAACAUGCACGGGAGCUGGGUUCACUGCGCCUGCUGCAAUGUCUGCCUGGAGUAUGUUCCCCGGAUCGGGAGCGCCGCAGCCCAUACCAAGGUGGAGUGUCCGGCCAUGGUCAACCGGCCAACCACGAAUUCCAGCAGCCCGGGCGAGUCCACCAACGACUCAUGGAUCAACAUGGAGACGGAGGGCGACCUGGCCACCGCGUACGAGCAAGAGGCCAAUCAACAGAACAUGGGCUACAACCUCGUCGCAUCAAUCUACAGCAAGGAUAUGAUCUUUAUCAGGCAUCGACGUGGGAACGACUUCGAGAAGAACGAACGCAAGCUUCUCUGGUAUGUCAACGCUUUUGUCAAGGAGACCCUCGAUGAGGAUGACAGCGUGGAAAUCUACUUUGAGUGGCCCUGGCCAUGCUUUGGCUGGAAGCAGCAACCGCUGCUGGAUCUCGCAGCUCACCUAGACCGGAAGAUGAUCCCUUGGCUGGAUUGCAGGAUUGAUGGCUGCAACUAUGGUAUGCGAGAUCCCCAUGGCUCCUUUGUCCAGAAGAAGUGGCUUAUCAAAACCACCUCGGAGACAUUCCACAAGGCCUUUCGAGCCAAAGUUUGUCAAGGAGGACAUGGAGUACAUGCGAACAUCCAAGGCCAACUCACAAACGCCUCUGCCUACUACCCAUGGAGAAUGGUACAAGCCUUCGCCAGACACUGGCGAGAUACCAUGGUUCCUCAACGCCACGUCCGACUCCUACAUCAACGAGACGAUCCUGAUCUAUGUGAACAUCAAUCGUCUUGGUCAAUGACAAUGGAGGAGUUUGAGGUAGUGAACGACAUUGAGGAACAUGUCGUGCUGGAGGAAUAUGAGGUUCAGAUUGCAUCAGCCGAAGUGAUUCGGAUGGAGCAUGUGGCCCGGACCUUCCGAAUCAACAAUCAGGUUACCGCACAGACCUGUGAGGAGAUCCUGAUGAGCAUGUAUUAUGGGGUCAAUCUCAAAAAGGAUGGUCAUUCCAAGUGGAAGUCGGGCAGUUUCCACCUCGUCUUCGGCGGCUACUCACAUGGUGGCUUUCAUGGUUGUACUACCUCUACUUCGAGAUAUCCUGAGAUUGUGCAGAUGUUGAAUGCAUAUCUUCGACACUUGCUUCCGCAUCAAACAUGGACCUCGUUGAUGGUGACCUUCAAUGGCAAGUCUGUUCCUCAUAAAGAUCAUCAUAAUCUUUCUGGCGCCCUCAACGCUACCGUCUGCCUGGGCUCCUUCGCCGGAGGAGAACUCUGGAUUGCUGGCAAACCUCCUGCUGGCACACUUCCUACCCGGCGCCGGAGAACGGAUGGCUCCAUGGUGGAGGGAUAUCUGGUGAGUGUUUAUGGGCAACCAGCAGUCUUCUCGCCCAACACGUUACAUGCAACGCAAGAUUGGAAGGGCUUUCGCAUCGCCCUCACUGCGUAUACCACCAGGAUGUACCCGGCAUUCGCGAUGGAAGACGUGCGCAAUCUGCGCAAGCUUGGCUUUCCUCUUCCUGCUGCGCAAUCCCAAGAACUAGAGGAGAAUGUGACAGACCAACAACGUCAGCAGUGGGAUGCACAACUUGCCAAGUUCCACAAGGCCGCUGGACAUCCCACAUCUCGCAACUUGUCCAGAGUGGUCAAAGAAGCUGGACAUCCUGAUUGGAAGGUGAAGGCGGCGCUUAACUACAAGUGUCCAACGUGUGAGUCCCUGAAACCUGGAGGUAUCUCUUCUGGUCAAGUCCCUCCUGCGAGUACAUCUCCGUUUUACAAGGCGUGGGAAGCUGUAUCUGCUGAUGCUGGUGAAUGGGUGGUCCCCAGCAGCAAAAUGAAGGUGAAGUUCAUCCUGUUCAUGGAUUUAGCGACCAAAUUGCGUGUGAUAUACCCUAUCAAGAUCUACGAGAUCAUGUCCAUGCAGGCAGAAUCAGCUGAGGAUGUCAUCAUGGCUUUGUCAGAGAGAUGGCUUGCCUCCUUUCCGAAGCCACGGCUCCUAGUGAUGGAUGCAGCAAAGACCUUCUCCUCUGAUAGGAUGCAUUCCUUCCUGUCGUCGGUGAAUAUCCUGCCGCACUUCGUGGCUGAGAAAGAGCCGUGGGCCCAUGGUGUCACCGAAGCCAAUGUUCAGGAUGUCAAGCACACGGCAUCUGCUAUCCACAAGGAAGCCCUGGACCAGCAUCCCUUCAUCUCCCUCUACCUGGCGGUGUCUGCCUUAAACUCCACCGAGAUCACUGCCGGCUAUUCCGCGUUUCAAUGGGCCUAUGGCCAACAGUUUCAGAUCACGGACGAAGAUGCCCGAACCUUCGCCAUGGUGCCCAAGGAUCCUUCCUUUGACUAUGCUCGACUUUUAGCAGCAAGGGAGGAGGCAGAGAUCAUUGCCAAAAGGACGAAGGCUAAGCGCGUUCUAUCCAAACUUGCCAAUUCGACCGUCCGACAACCUCUUAGAGAGUUUGCCCCGAUGACGUUGGUCAAAGUCUGGCGCAAGCUAUGGCCGGCAGAAGUGCAUAAAGGACCGCGUGGGGGACUCAAGAAAUCUGGUCGUCCUCAUUGGGUAGGUCCUGGAAGGGUGGUCUUUCACGAGGUGCUGCCUCAGCAAGCUUCUGGAGAUCCCCGUAGACAUAUCGUCUGGGUGCUCAUAGGGACCCAAGUGUUCCGCUGUUCUGUGCACUCCGUGCGACCUGUGACGGAGACCGAGCGCUUCAUGUACGAAACCAGUGGGCAGGAGGAUUUCAGUAGGUGGAGGACACUGGAUGAUGUUCUACCUCGACGUGAGUACACCGACAUCACGGAGGAGGAGCCGAAUGAGGACGAAGUGGAAAUGCCUGAUCUACCACCUCGACCUGACUCCACCACGACCGUCAACCCUUCGAGGCGAGUCACGGGCAAAGCGACUCCUCUGUCUGAGCCUGCCUCUUCAACGGCUGAACCGACUCCUGCACCAACGACAACUAGGCCUUUGGAGGACGUCAACGACUACGACAACGAACCGGCAGCGAAGAAAGCUCGUGGAGAUGAUCUCGACUGGGUCGAACAGCUUACAAUGGAAGCUGAUCGAGAAGCCAGAGCCAUGGACAUUUUUGCUGCCAUGGACGACACCGAGGAGUUCCUCAAGAUCGAGUUCGAUGUGGGCAAUCUCAGCAACCGCCAGAAGAAGCAUCUGGAGAGAGAUCCGGUCACCUUUAUGGUCAAAAAGAUGCGAGAUAGUGAAGUCUCCAUCUCACGUCUCAAGCCGGAAGAACGAGCCAAGGCGAAAGAGGUUGACAGCUUCAUGCGUAACGAGGCUGUGCGCAAGUGCCUCAACCAAGACGAAGUUCGCGAGGCGUACUCCUCUGGUCGCAUCGUGAAGGCUCGUUGGGUGUUGACCUGGAAACCGGUACCUCCUGAAGACCGUGAAAGUGCUCUUCAGGACCAACGAAACAAUCCAGAAACCUUGCGCGCCAAAGAUGGGGCGCGCAAGGCAAAGGCCCGGAUCGUCCUGUUGGGCUUCCAGCACCCUAGCCUAUUGGAUCCAUCCUUCAAGACUUCUUCGCCUGUGCAAUCCACAUUGGGCCGGAACUUGCUUUACGCCAUGUCUGUUCAACAUCAGUGGCCUCUUGAGGGUCUAGACCUUGCCACGGCCUUUCUUCAGACCUUACCGACGGAGGCGGACAAGAACCUGUGGACGACGGGAGUUGAAGAACUUCGCGAAGCUCUAGGUGUUGGACAAGAAGGCAUCAUGCGAAUCCUUCGUAAUAUCUAUGGCAGCACAACGGCUCCUCGUGGACUUUGGCUGGGCCUUCAUCGGAAGCUCACAAGUUUGGGAGCUCAAGCGGUUCGUGGAGAGCGUUGUCUUUGGGUGUGGUUGUCACGAACUCGAAAAGAUCGUGAUCAUCCCCUCUCCAUUGGAGCAAUGGGUGGACAUGUGGAUGACUUUCACCGCUUGGGUGAUGGGUCAGCUGAAUGGCUGGAAAUCAAGAAGAAGAUUGACAGCAUAUAUCAAUGGGGAACCGCGAAGACUGGUUCAUACAGGCAUGCGGGCACGGAUGUGACCACUUCUGUGGAUGAGCGCGGCUAUCAGCAGAUCACGGUGGACCAGAACUGCUAUGUGGAGUCUCUACAGGAUGUGCAGAUUUCACCGGAGCGCCUUGCCGUGGACCUCCCCCUCACCAAGCAGGAGGUUGAAGCCUGUCGGACCUCUCUUGGAGCCCUUCAGUGGUUAGCUGUCCAGAGUCAGCCACAGCUUUGCUCACGCUGCAACCUGCUUCUGACGGACCUCAUAACCAUUGGCAAGACCUCUGUUGCCAAGGAGAUUCAGCAGAUGAUUGGCGAAGUACGUGCCGAGUCCUUCUCGCUCAAGUUCUCCAAGCUGGAUGGCGUGCAACAUUGGACUGACCUUGUCGUGAUCUCUAUGGGAGAUCAAGCCCAUGGUAAUAGGCCUCAGGGAGACAGCGCCGGGGGAAUGAUCACACUUCUCUCAGGACCAAACAGCCUUAGCGGUCAGGUCUGCGCCAUGACUCUUGUCUCAUGGCGAACAUGGAAACUCAAACGUAAGGCGAUAGGGUCGAACGAUGCAGAAGUGCAAUCGAUCCUGGAAGCCGAAGAUGCCAAUUUUAGAACGAGACUUCUAUGGACUGAGCUGCACGGCGCUGGCGGCCUGGAAGGAGACCGUGACCGCCGCUUGGACUUGGUCGAGAACACGGAGAAGCAAGUUCUACGUGUUCAAGGUGUUCUUUGUACUGACUCGAAGGGUGGCUUCGACGCGGUUGAAGUCAAUGAAUCGCCGUUGCUUGGACUGAGCAACAUGAGGGCUGCCCUUCAGGCCUUCCAGUUGAGAGAGAACCUUCAACGAGCAGGUUGUCUUCUGGGAUGGCUGGCCUCGGACUAUGAUCUUGCGGAUGCCUUAACCAAGAAGAAGUCGGAUAGUCGAAUUGGACUUGUACAGUUUUUGCGAACUGGUCAUUGGGCCAUCAAGUACGAGCUGACGAUCCCGAACCUCCGAGAUCGAAUCGAUGCCUUCCAGUACCGUCUCAGCAAGGCGGCGAAAGACAGAAACUACAUGCAGCUGGAGAAAGACAUGGUGAACAGGUUUUACGAGAUCACCAAGGCCGAGGUAAAGCAGGUGGAGGCCGAACUGCUGAACAUGGACCGAAAAAUGGAGAUUCUCGAGCGAGAUUUCCGUGUGCACAUCAAGGUCCAUGAGCAGAAGGUGCAGAACCUGGAGUACGAGCACAAAGAGGCGAAGAGACAGGUACACGAGAACGGGGACAUGGACUUGCAAAAAGCGCGCGACCUGCACUCCGAGCAGCUCCUGAACAUGAACAAGGAGAAGCUGGAGUUGAAGCGCGAUAUUCGAGAGACGCAGCUGGAGAGCGAGGACGAGGUGAAGAUGAUGCUCCAGGGCUUCGCGAAGAGGCUUCAGAACCUCCGCGACACCUUCGAGCAGAAUCACCAGCAGCUUCAGGCUCAGUAUGAGGAGCAAGUGGAGCAGCUGAAGAUAGACCUCGAACUUCGGCGGAAGGUCGAGAUCCAUGAGAUCGAGGAGCGCAAGAAUCAGCACAUCAACGAGUUGCUUUUCAAUCAUCAGGAGGCCUUCGACGAGAUCAAGGCCUACUACAAUGACAUCACCCAUGACAACCUGCAGUUGAUCAAGUCCUUGAAGGACGAGAUACAGGAGAUGAAAGAGAAGGAGAAGACAAACAAGAAGAAGAUGGAUCUGCUCCGCCAGGAGAACAGGGACCUCACACGGCCGCUCGAGGAGAAGCUGGCUGAACAGAGGGCCUUAGAAGAGGAGCUGAAGACCUACACCAAGGACAAGAUGGCCCUGAAGAAUCUGAAGGCGCACUUCAAGAAGCUUGAGGAGCAGAUCACAGAGGCUAAGCAGGAGUACCGCACCUGCGAGGACAAGUACAGGAAGAUGGAGAAGGAAAGAGAUGACCUCUACAAGCGCUUCAAGAAAGCUGUGCAAGAAAUCCAGCGGAAGGCCGAGUUGGGUAAGAAUGUUGUGCUGGAGAAGAAGCUGGAUACUCUUUCGCAGCAGUUCGAUGAGAAGCAGGCGCAGCUGACAGAGGUGCUGACGAACGCGCGGCUGGAUCCGACCAUCGUGGCCAACGUCACCAAGAAGUUGGAGCAAGUCCUUGGUGCGAAGAAUCGCCAGAUCAAGGACCUCCAGUACCAGGUGCAUCAGGCCACCAAGCAGUACAACGACACCAUCCGCGUCUACGAGAGCAAGCUUCAGUCGCUGGGCGUGGACCCGGAGGAGAUCGGCUUCGAGGUAUGGGACGUCAGAGGCUCCUGGUGGCUGUAA